CGGCGUGAUUAUGGAAAGAGGCGGUGGAGAUACCGAUCAUACUUUCCAUGUUGACGACACUGAACUGCUGAAUGACAAAUUGGGAGAAACGCAUAUUUGUACAGACUGUUGCGAUGUACUAGAACGCAAUAGAAAUCUUUUAGAUCUACCAUGGGAUGACAUUCUUGUUGGACGCAUAAUUCCAUUUCUCAGCCUAUCCGAGAUAUUUCAACUACAGCUAGUCAGCAAAUUAUCACUACAACUGAUCAGACACUAUUUCUCAAAAUGUUCCAUAUUGGAUUUCUCAGAAGUUGCUCACAAAGUGAAAGAAGCCAUGUUCCAUCGUGCAGUGGAGAAUUCUGUAUGUUUAAGGGUACUGAUACUAAAAAACUGUAAAGAUUUUCUAAAAGAUGAAAACUUCAUACCAGUUGUAGAGCAGAACCCUCAGCUUCAGAAGAUUGACUUGACUGGAUGUUUGAGUCUGACAAGUCAGAGUAUACAGGCUAUUGCAAACAGUUGUCCAGCACUGCAUUACAUUUCUGUGCAUGGAUGCCACUGGGUGCAGGCUCCAGCUUUGGCUGUCCUCGCAAUGAACUGUGAGUGUCUACAAUAUGUUGACUUGACAAGCUGCUGGGAACUUGAUGAUGAAACUAUCUUGGUAUUAAUAAUAUCUCAUCCUGGACUGAAAUAUCUUUCUUUAGCAAAAAUAUAUGGCAUAACAAAUGUUGUAAUCGACAUGCUGGCAAGAACUUGUUCUGCUUUUGAACAUCUUAAUAUUCAGGGUUGUUGGAGGAUUACAAAUUCAGUCAUACG